AUGCGAGGAUACCUCAACCCCCGAUUCUCCGGCAAACCGGGCGAUAAUGUCAACCAAUUCAUCAAAGCAUGCCAUUGCAUUCCGCCCCUCUAUGGAUAUACAGAGGCCCAGCUCAAUGAUGUCCGCGCAGUGACAUUGUAUCAAGGAACUUCCGAAGAAGCCAGAAAGUUCCUAGACAAGCUUCCCGAAUCUGUCCAGGACGACUUUGUUCAAGCGUCGACCCAGCUCAAGGAAAAGUUCCCAUGGAAGUCCGAGACCGAACAAUCGAUUGCCAUGGAGAAAAUCACCAACCUGAAGCAAGCAGAAAUGCCAUUGUACGAGUAUGUCGAGCAGGGUACGAAGCUCCAGGCUGAGACUUUCCCGAGCCAACAUGUCUCGCUUUGCCAGUGGUGGCUUCUUGGAUUGAAAGACCAACUCGCAGCGAACAUCGCAAUCACCGCAUGGCUGAAGCACGCCGACGGCGAAUUGUCCUUCGACAAAAUCGUCCAUUACGUGAGAAACCCUGGCCUGAAGUACGAGGGUGACGACUACAACAAAAAGUGGUAUUAA